AUGAAGAAUGUUACGAAUCUCCUCACGGCCUAUCCUUGUUCUAACCCCGUCCUUCAAACAGUUUGGGAUUACGUGCGAUUCAACCACGAAGCUACCGUCAGGUCCCCUACAUUCCCCGUGUUCCUGGCUUUCUCUAGCUAUCUCACCUUCUGCACCCCCUUCACGCUCAUAGAUCUAAUGGGCGAGAGGUUGCCAUUCUUGUACAAACACAAGAUUCAGAAAGAAAAAUACCCAAGCCUGCGGUUGAUGGCACAGUGUAUUUGGCAAGCGGUCUUCAACCACCUGGUCUACAUCUUUCCAGCGGUCAUCAUCAAUUGGUUUUGGAGACCACCAAGCCCUCUGCCAGACACGGCACCAACCUUUGCUGAGUUUCUGGUCGGCAUCCUCAGCUGUUUGCUUGUGUUCGAUUUCCAGUAUUAUUUCUGGCAUAAGCUUCACCACAACAAUCGCUGGUUGUACAAGACGUUCCACGCCAUCCAUCACAAUCACGUCUCUCCUUUUUCUUGGUCAACCCAAUACCUUGGAGGAUGGGAGCUCCUGACAGUUGGAUUCUGGAGUAACACCACACCUCUCUUGUUUAAGUGCCACCCUUUGACCACGUGGGGCUUCAUGUUAAUCAGUAUCUGGAUGUCAGUGGAGGAUCACGUUGGCUACGAUCUGCCCUGGGCCUUCAACAAGAUCCUGCCUUUGGGUCUGUGUGGAGGAGCCUCAGCCCACGAUAUGCACCACCAGAAACCAAACACCAACUACGCCCCAUUCUUCACUCACAUGGACAGGCUGUUUGGAACCAUAGCCACUGAAGAUCACUGACUUAGAAAGUGGGAGAUGUUGGAUUAUAUCGUUCGGUAUUAAUGAGCUCUUUCUCGGUUUGUAGUUCAUGAUCCAAAGACAA